AAUUCAGUAUUCAGUCGGCUAGCUCGCUUCGGAGACAUAGCAUCAUGUUGGAAUACAUACUCAUAUUGCCACUGGGCAUCGUCGCUUUUUUAUACUUCUACACGCAGAAGCACUUUCAAUACUGGGCCCAAAAAGGAGUCAAACAUGAGAAACCAGUACCGAUAUUCGGAAACGUAAAAGACAUCAUGCUGAUGCGCUCCACCACCGGUCAAGGAAUGCAAAGGCUAUACAACCUCUUCCCCGAUGAACCCUUCAUAGGAGUCUACCAAUCCAAAAAACCCGUACUCCUCAUACGAGACCCGGAAUUAAUUAAACAAGUACUCGUCAAAGAUUUCCAACACUUUCCCAACCGCGGAAUCGUGAGCAACCACAAACUGGAUCCACUAUCCGAAAACUUAUUCAACAUGGAAGGACAAAAGUGGAAAGAUCUACGCCACAAAUUGACACCAACAUUCACUUCUGGGAAACUGAAAUCCAUGUUCGCAUCAUUGGCGGAAUGCGGAAAAGAAUUCAACUCGUACUUGAAAGAAAUCACCGCCGAACAAAACAUAUUCGAAAUGCUUGAUUUGAGCGGCAAUUUCACGACUCAAGUGAUCGGUUCGUGCGUUUUUGGAAUAAACAUAAACUCGAUUAAGGAUCCUGAUUCUGAAUUUAGGAAAAUGGGAAAGAAAGCCUUCGAACCGAGUCCUAUGGUGUUUGUAAAGAGAUUUAUUAGAUCAACAACGCCUGCGUUGUUUAGGCUUUUGAAAAUGAAAGUUAUAGCACCAGAGGUUGAGAAUUUUUUCCUGACAGUAGUAAAAGAUAUGUUAGAUUACCGUACAAAGAACAAUGUCAAGAGAGCUGAUUUUUUACAAAUUCUAAUGGAUUUAAAGGAGCAAGAGUUGCAAGGAAUAAACCAAGAUAAACAAUUAAACUUUAAAAUGGAUGACAACCUUCUAGCAGCCCAGAUGUUUGUAUUCUUUGUUGCUGGAUUUGAAACUUCAUCCACCACAAUGAGCUUCUGCCUAUAUGAACUAGCAUUAAAUCCCGGUAUUCAAAAAAGAGUGCACGAAGAAAUAGAUGAAGUACUGGAACAACACGAUGGAAAUUUAAGUUAUGAAAGUGUUUUACAACUAGAAUAUCUAGAGCAAGUUAUCAGUGAGACAAUGAGGAAGCAUUCGCCUGCCGGAAAUUUGAUAAGAAAAUGUGAAAUACCGUACACCAUACCUGAUACUAAAAUAACGUUGAAUAAGGGUGAUUCUAUUAUAAUACCAGUGCAUGCUUUACAUCAUGACCCAAAAUAUUUUCCGAGUCCUGAACUAUUUGAUCCAGAACGGUUUUCGAAGGAGGCCAAGGAAUCUAGACAUCCUUACUGCUAUCUGCCGUUUGGCGAAGGACCGAGGAUAUGUAUAGGAUUGCGUUUUGCAAAAUUCCAAACAGCAGUGGGCUUGAUUUCAAUUCUACAAGAUUUCGAAGUAGUUCCAUGUGAAGAAACUGAAAUUCCUUUGACCUACAACCCUAAAAAUUUAGUUUUAAGAGCCAAAAAUGGAAUUCGAUUAAGACUAAAGAGGAGGUCUGAUAAAAAUAUAAUGGAAUUCAGUUACGAAUUUAACCAGUAUGUUAAAAAAAUAGUUGCACAUGAUUUGCAAAUUGAUAUCCAAGAUCUUUGCAGCAAUUUAACUACCCAAGUUAUUGGUUCCUGUAUUUUUGGUAUAAAUGUGGAUGCAAUCAAUAACUCCAAAUCAAAAUUCAGGGAGAUGAUAGAUAAAGUAUUUCAACGCAGCUUUUACCAUCUAAUUCAAAGAAGCAUUGGAACAAUGUCUCCGUGGUUAUUUGCCAAACUUCAUAUGAGAUCAAUGGAUCCUGAAGUUGAACAAUUUUUCGUAUCAGUUGUCAAGGAUUUAGUAAAAUACAGAAAACAAAAUGAUAUACAAAGAGGUGAUUUCUUACAAAUACUUAUAGAUCUCCGUGGGCAAAUUAAACCAGAUCUGACUUCUGGUUCUAAAUUAAGCUCUAUAAUGGACGACAAUUUACUGGCUGCACAAAUGUUUAUAUUUUUUGCUGCCGGUUUCGAAACGACUUCAUCGGCCAUGAGUUUCUGCUUAUAUGAAUUAGCUUUGAACGUGCACAUACAAAAUCGUCUACAGAAAGAAAUUGACAGAACUCUCUGUGAGAACGAUGGAAAACUGAGUUACGACGCAAUAAUGGAAAUGGAGUAUCUAGAUCAAGUUUUGGCAGAAACUUUGAGAAAAUAUCCUCCAUCAGGGUCCUUGAUUAGAAAAUGUGAGUCUAAAUAUACCUUACCGGAAACAAACGUGAUUAUAGAAAAAGAUGAUUUGGUAGUAAUUCCCGUAUAUGCAUUGCACCAUGAUCCAAAAUAUUAUCCAGAGCCUGAGAAAUUCGACCCUGACCGAUUUACAAGAGAAAAUAAGGAAUCCAGGAAACAGUUUAGUUACAUGCCGUUUGGAGAAGGACCGAGAAUGUGCAUUGGACAACGCUUUGCUAAAUUACAAGCAAAAAUUGGAUUGAUAUCCAUUCUUAAAGAUUUUGAAGUCAUCCUGUGCAAGGAGACCAAGAAACCAAUUGCUUUCCAGGCAGCAAAUCCAAUUCUUAGAGCCCAGAAUGGAAUUCAAUUAUCAUUGCAAAGUAGAAAUUGA